AUGGCAACAGCAACAACGACAAAAGCAGAAAAUGGCAGUAACGAGUGCCCUGCGGUGAUACUCAAAGAAGUACAGCGUAGCGGAUAUUCCGGCAAAAAUAUGCUCAAAGAUCCAUUGGCUGUUGUCGAUCCGGAAGCUUAUCAAAUCAUGCAAUGCGUUUGUUAUUACAUUUCUCUUUAA